UGGUGAAGUUAGAGGACGGCACAAUCACUGCAGCCUUCUUCACUCAGAAUGAGAGACAUUUCGGUGCCUGAGAAUGCCUGCUGGUGAGAGUGAAGACCGGGCAACGACCCGGGAAAGAUUCAACGAUGUGUUCAAGAAAUACACUGAAUCAGACAAGAAAAAGUUAAAGAAGAAAAACUCUGAAACCAAAGAAACCAUUGUGCUCCAGACUCUACAAAAGAAUCUCAAACUCGAGAAGGAUACAGAGGAUGAUGAGACUACCCUCCAGAACAUAUAUCACCCUGAACAGGCUAGUCCACGCUUUACCAAAAACAAGCAGAGAGAGAGAGAAAUAGCAGAAAAGGUUAACAUCAAUAACAGUCGAAACCAGGAGGAGAGUCAAACAUCAAAAGGUAAGCGAAAAAGUAAGAGGGAGCUUCCCUCACUUCCUGUAACUGAGGACAGCACAAGUUACACCCAGCGGGAUGCAGAUGCUUCCAAGUCUGAGAUUACUUUGGAGUCAGAUGAUGUCGGCGGUGGAAAGGAACCAAAACGGAGAAGUAAGAAAGGGAAAAGCAAAGGAGAUUCAGAGGUCAAGGCAGAGAGCCAGGCUGAGGAUGCUGAAGACAAUCUGCUGCAUGAAUACCAGCAGCAGAUUGCACAGGAGGAGGAAAGGACUUUGAAAAAGACACAGGCCAAGACAGAAGAAGACAGUUCAGUCUCCCAGAGUGUUUUACUGAAUAAUGACGUUGGAAAGAAGAAAAAGAAGAAGUUGAAAUCUGUAAUCACAGAGUCAGAUGUGGGUGAUCAAGAUGAAGGUGCCGACCCGGAUGUUGAUGCCGAAAAUGAAGCAGAAUCAAAGGGAAGGAAGAAAAAGAAGAAGAAAAAGAAAGUUGUCCAAGAAGAGAUUGAAACUGAGGCAGAAGCACCACAGAGACCAGUCUUUGAUGACAGCCUUGUGCUGGGACUUUACGUACACAGAACAGAUCGACUCAAAACGGACCUGCUGAUCUCACACCCCAUGGUGAAGAUUCACGUCAUUGAUGAGAUCACCGGAAAAUAUGUGAAGAAAGAAGACAGCCAUCGUCCAGUUUCCUCAUUCUAUGAACAAGAGAACGUUGAUCACAUUCUCCCCAUCAUGACUCAACCUUUUGAUUUCAAGAAGAACAAAUCAAUCAUCCCUGAAUGGCAGGAGCAGAUCAUCUUUAACGAACGCUUUGGACAUUUCGUACAACAAAAUGACGAAAGCCCCAGAGUCAUAUUCUUCUUUGAAAUCCUGGAUUUCAUAACUAUGGAAGAAGCAAGAGCCAAUGCUGACGUUGACAAGCAUGAACGAGGAUUCAGAAAGAUUGCAUGGGCAUUCCUCAAGCUAGUUGGCACGAAUGGUGUGCUGAAUAUCGACAGUAAACUUCGCCUCCAGCUCUUCUGCCCUCCACCCAGGGCAAAGAGGCAACAUAAAACAAUUGAUGUGGUCGAGUGGUGGAGGAAGCACCCCCGAAACAAAUACCCAUCCACUCUGUAUGUUACGGUGAAGGGCAUUAAACUCCCUGAGCAUGUGGACCCAUGUAUUCGUUCUAUGAUGGCACUUCAGGAGGAGAGGGGGAGCACCUCCUACAGUGAACUGCAGAAUGAAGCCACCAAGAGAAGCCUGACACAGACUCUAGACAACAAGCCGCCAGCCUUGAGAUGGAACAGACUGCCUGGACAGGUCUGUCGGAUUCCUAACAAGCCCAUGUUGGCAUUUCGUGGUGGUCAGAUGGGCUGUUUCACAGUUCUCUUCUCUCAUGCUGGGACACUGUUGGCUGCUGCUUGUGCUGACAGAGAUGCUUUCCCUGUUGUAGUGUAUGAGAUCCCUUCUGGCAAAGUUUUGGCUGCCUUCAAUGGCCAUCUCAAAAUCGUGUAUGAUCUCUGCUGGUCCAGAGAUGAUCGGAGUCUUUUGUCUGCCUCCUCAGAUGGAACUGUCAGAGAGUGGAACGUGGAGAGGCUUCUGGGAACGGCCCAGAAGGUUCUCCCGCAUCCAUCAUUUGUGUACUGUGCUCAGUACCACCCUACAGCCCAGAACCUAGUGGUGACGGGGGGCUACGACUCUCUGGUGCGAGUGUGGAGGCUUGAUGUCGAUGAUGUGAAUGGCCGGCUACUGCAGGAGUUCGAGGGUCACAACGGUUUUAUCAACACUGUUUGUUUUGAUUCUGAAGGAAGGAGAAUGUUCUCUGCAGAUAACACCGGCCUAAUCGUUGUAUGGAAAACUUCAGUGAAUGACAGAAAGCAACGGCAGCUAUGUCACCACUGGUGUAUAGAGAAGAAAAUCGGUGAGAGUGACCUCAACGGUAUCCCCAUCAAUAUGCUGCAGCUCCAUCCAAACGGGCGGUGCCUGCUCAUCCAUGCUAAAGACAGUGUCCUGAGGAUGAUGGAUUUGAGAAUUCUAGCUGUUAAGAAAUACACCGGAGCCACAAACUACAGAGAGAGGAUCUAUAGCACUUUCACACCAUGUGGAAACUUCGUCUUUUCUGGCAGCGAGGAUGGCAUGGCAUAUGUCUGGAAUACUGAUACUGGUGACCAAGUCGCAGUGUACUCCGAACUUUGUUACCGCUCCGCUCUGCACAGUGUGUCGUUCCACCCUCACGAGAACAUGGUAGCUUUCUGUGCCUUUGGUCAGAGCCAGCCUGUCCAUGUUUACCUGUAUGACCGCAAAGUUUCCCAGCUGGAGGUGCACAAUAUAAAGACAAUGAGCAGAUCAGCUUCUGCUGACACCAAAACUUUCAGAAACACACCUGAUUCCCUGAUGUUUCAGGACACUGCUUCAAACAUGGAUCAGUACGCCCAGGCAACAAGACUUGCAUUCAAAAUGCAGUGUGUCAAAGAGCAGUUGGAUUCAGUACUUGAACCACAUCAAAGAUCUUCUGCUUCUGGAUACAUUUAUGAAACAGAAAAAGUGUGCAUCACUCACACUCGGAGGAGCGUGGUAUCGGAUGCUGGCACAACGAUAUUAAAUGCCUCAUUACCGCCUCCAUCUCUCCUGUCGCCGCACUCCAAGCUGCAGCUCUCUGGUUCUCUGGCCGAGCAGUUUAUCCCCCAAGCAGCCCUGAGCACCCAAAACCGCGGGUUCAGUCCAGUUGGUCAUCGUCUAAAAGGAGCUUCAUCUUUCAGGCUACAGACGACCAUUCCCGAUCACAUUUCCUCAGGCGUGGAAACUUCUCCUGUUCAACAAAUAGUUGUCUCGCUCUACGACUACAGAGCUAAUCGUUCUGAUGAGCUUACCAUAUGCCGCGGUGAUGUCAUCCACGUGCUGUACAAAGACAACGACAACUGGUGGUUUGGACGCCUGGCCAAUGGGCAGCAGGGAUAUUUUCUUGCAUCUUAUGUGGCAGAUCAGAGGAAUGUCAGUGAAGAGGUGACUCAGUCCGUAGAUGCACACACAGUCUUGUCUGAAGGGACGUUUGAGAGGUCAACACCAACCAGGGUCUCUGCUGCAAUUAGUUCUUCUGGGGACCUUAAGUUUCUUUCUGAACCAACGCUUUCUGACACCGACCCUGAGUUGACUGAUGCCAAAACUAGAAGGAAAAAGAAGGUGAAAAAACCAGGACUCUCCACAACAUCCUCUCAGGGCAUAUUUUCAGAUCCAGACGCUUCAGGGUCGGCCGGCAGCAGGAGGAGAGUCAGAUCAAAAGAGAGACCUCUCCCAAAGAGACCGACUGGCCGGACUAAUGGUGCCUUUGAGCCUGACACAUGAACUAAUGGACACAUGAUUGUUUUCCACUUGAGUGUUUUACACUUCUACUCUUUUUGUCAUAUAAAACACAUUUUUGUAAUGACAACACCUGACAAUGACCUUCCAGGUGUGUUGUAUUUUGCUAGUAUU